AUGUCUGUAAAGCAUCUCUCGGUGGAGUACAGCAAGGUAAAUGAACGAGGGACCUUCUCUCCUGGGGACAUAAUUUCAGGAAGGGUUACGGUGGUGACCAGCAAGAAAACCAAAGUGCAGUGUUUUUUGGUAAAAGCCAAAGGAAAAGCUAAAGUCACAUGGUGUGAACAAGAAGGACAAGCCACAGGGGUUCACAGCGACAAGAAGAAAUACUUUAAUUUUGAACAUAUUAUUCUUCAGGAUAAAAACAAAAGAGAUGGUUCAGAAAUGAUUGGCCCUGGGAGAAAUGUGUAUCCAUUCGCUUUUGUGAUUCCAAAGACAGAUAUGCCUUCAUCUUAUGAGGGUAGAUGGGGCAAAAUUACAUAUAGUUUGCGAGCAAAGCUGACUCAGUCAAUCUGGCUUGUCCACAAAACCAAGACUGAGUUCCCUUUUCUGAGCAAGUCCGAGUUCCCCUUUGCCUCCAAAUCAGAAAUGAUAAUCAUCGGACUUAAGGAGCAACAAUAUGCUACCAGGAUUUCAUUUUAUGGCUCUGAAAAGAUUACUAUGAAUGUUACCUCAGAAAAAAUGGGAGUAAAGCAAGGCGAGGCAAUGGGAGUCUCUGUAGAAGUAUUCAAUGACUCAGCACGUACAGUAACACCCAAAUUCUGGCUGUGCGAGAAGCAGACCUUUGCUGCUCAGUCAAAGAGGAUAGUACACACAAAUGACAUCCUGUUUGGGACAGGAGACUCUGUUCCAGCUGCCACCAGUCGGACUAUAACCAACGUUCUGCGUGUCCCUCUACAGCUCCCCCCUACCUUCUUCAACUGCUGCAUGAUGAAGCUCGAGUACAGACUCAAGGUCACCCUUGAUGUCCCUCUGGCAAAAGACCUCGAGAUCAAACUCCCUCUGGUAAUUCUGUUGGGUUCACCAAAACCACUUCAACAAAAACCAAAGAGAUCCAUCUGGUUUAGAAAGCUUCCUAGUUAA